UCGUCGAGGAGGAGGUGGUCGAUCGUCAUCCGCGCGGCGGGAACGUUUGAAAAGGGGGAGAAAAAAAAGAAAAAGAAAGAAAGGAGAGGGAGCACGGGAUCGAGGGACCGGCGGGGAUCCCUGGUGUAUCCGACUUGGAUUUGGUGAAUGAAACGGGUAAAAACGAGGCGCCAUAGUGCUGCUGAUCGUACGUGCGAUGCGUACCGUGGAGGAUACAGCCACGGAAGCAGCCGCAGUUGGUGCUGCGACCACUCACCAGCGUGCUACCACCGGCAGGCAUCUGGUCGUCGAUCAGAAUCACGAUCGCGAUCACGAUCAACGAGAUCGAUCGACCACGAUCCAUCUACCGACUACACCGUACCACCCGGUCACCAUUGCGGCGGACACCAACAACAAUCAUGACCAUCAUCGCAACUUCGAGCAUCACGCGGCGCAACGCCACGAUCACUGGAACAAGUGGCAACUUCAUUCGCCGAACGGCGACAGCGAUAACAGCAACGGUAGCCAACGUGCGGUGGCUAUUACGCGGAACGACGUAGAGCAACAGCAACAGCCACAUCGCCAUCGGCAUCAACGGCAAGCGGCAGCUACCGUUCCAGCUCUCGCCUGCACGAAUCAAUCUUCUACAACCCCGACGACAACCGCGUUCACGGUAGCGUCAAGUAUGCUUCUUCUACAGACACAGAGCCCGUUCGGAUGUAGCACCCUGGCGGAUUUGUUGAGCGCUUCGUACACGGAUCCAACGGAUGCUGGGAGCCUACCCGAAGAGCUGGACCCGUUUCCAGAACUGCAGCUGGGCAAUCCGCAGGGAGUGCCGACGGGCGACGAGUCGGGGCAGGCUCAGCAACCGGUGCAUCAUCAGCAAGCGCCGCAGCCGCCUCCGCCGGCAGCGCCGCUUCCCGAAGACGUCCAGCCUGACUCGCUUAGUUCAACACCCUUGCCGAGCUUCCAAGAGACGUACACGGCUCAACGAUACACGAGGCAAGAGCUGCAGGUUCUCGGGAUCAAAAUGGACGAGGGGGAGUGUUACGACAACUCGGUGUACCCGUGCGCCACCGGCCCCUAUCCAACCGAGUUCUCGCCCACGUUGCCCUACCACGAGCAACAACCCCAGCAACAGCAUCAUCACCAUCCCCAGCAGCAGCAGCAGCCGCCCGCGCCGCCCCCGCAGCAGCACCACCAUCAUCAGGGUUACUUCGCGACCGAGACGGCCCCAACUCCGACCACGGCGGUUCCCUCGCCGGCAAAUCAUCGGCAAGACUCGGCGGCGUACGGUGUCCCCAUGGUGUACGGUCCACCGCCGAGCAUCACAGCCGGUGCCACCCCCGUUCCACCGACAGACAUUUACCCUACCGUUGACAACGUGGUCGUAGGGACGACCCGUUCACGGAGGGCGUCUCUGCCCACGCAGAGGUCAGAGUCUGCCAGUAGCGGGAGUACGGAAUCCCCGAAGGCGCGCGGUGGGAGCGGUGGCACAGGAAGCUCCGUCAGCUCUCCGUCGCCCGGAAGCGGAACCAGCAACGAGCGGGCACCACCGAGCCCCAGCCAACUUUGCGCCGUGUGCGGCGACACGGCAGCGUGUCAACACUACGGCGUCCGUACGUGCGAGGGUUGCAAGGGAUUUUUCAAGAGGACCGUGCAAAAGGGCUCGAAAUACGUGUGUUUGGCCGAGAAAGCUUGCCCCGUUGACAAACGCCGGCGGAAUCGUUGCCAAUUUUGCCGCUUCCAGAAGUGCUUGAUGGUCGGAAUGGUGAAAGAAGUGAGUGAAAAUUGA